CGGCGGCGGCCCAAGAUGGCGGAGCUGCAGCUGGACCCGGCGAUGGCGGGGCUGGGAGGGGGUGGCGGGAGCGGGCUGAGCGACGGGGGUGGCCCGGGUCGGGGACCCCCCAGCCCUCGCCCCGGUGGCCCCACGCCCCGCGGGCACGGCCGCCCGCCCGCCGCCGCCGCGCAGCCGCUGGAGCCGGGUCCCGGACCGCCUGAGCGGGCAGGGGGCGGUGGCGCGGCGCGCUGGGUCAGGCUGAACGUGGGCGGCACCUACUUCGUGACCACCAGGCAGACCCUAGGCCGGGAGCCCAAGUCUUUCCUCUGCCGCCUUUGCUGCCAGGAGGACCCGGAGCUGGACUCGGACAAGGACGAGACAGGGGCCUAUCUGAUUGACAGGGACCCCACCUACUUUGGUCCUAUCCUAAACUACCUCCGCCAUGGGAAACUCAUCAUUACGAAGGAGUUAGCAGAAGAAGGUGUGCUGGAAGAAGCGGAGUUUUACAACAUCGCGUCUCUUGUGCGCCUGGUUAAGGAAAGGAUACGGGACAAUGAGAACAGAACUUCACAAGGCCCCGUGAAGCACGUGUACAGAGUCCUGCAGUGCCAAGAAGAGGAGCUUACCCAGAUGGUCUCCACUAUGUCCGAUGGUUGGAAAUUCGAGCAGCUUUGUGCUUAUGAUUGAAGUAUCAGAACAAAGCGACUGAGAGUCAGAAUUUUACUGUUUUCUUCCUUUAGAUGGCAGAAUUGUUCAUCUGUUAUCUUCAAAACAUAGGGAGGCUGAGCAUGAAUAGAAUGAAUAUAUUAUAAUUUAAAUGGAUCGUGCCUAUUUUUAUGUAGAGUUUAAGAGGUCAGUUGAACUUCACCAUAAGCUUACUUUCUAAAAUAAAAGUUACUCUAUGUGUUAACAGUAUUAUGUUAUAGAUCAAAUACACAGUCUCUGUCUUCAGAGCCAACACUGGAUUAUUCCUCACACUUAUCUUCCACUGCAGAUUCGAGUCUGCCUGUAUGUGUCAGCCUAGUUCUUGUUCAGGUGUGAGUUGCAAAAUGUUGCCAUAAUUCCAUUCCAGAAGUGUUUUCCCUGACAUAAGGUCCUAAGCAAAGGAUAUUUUGAAAACUUUUUAAAAGUAUACUCGGGGCCAGCCCGGUGGCAUAGUGGUUAAGUUCACACAUUCCGCUUCAGCGGCCUGGGGUUCACUGGUUUGGAUCCUGGGCAUGGACCUACUCACUGCUCAUCAAGCCAUGCUGAGGCAGUGUCCCACAUAGAAGAACUAGAAGGACCUACAACUAGGAUAUACAGCUAUGUACUGGGGCUUUGGGGAGAAAAAAGAAAAAGAGGAAGAUUGGCAACAGAUGUUAGCGCAGGGCCACUCUUCCUCAAAAAAAAAAAUAUACUUUGUGAAACUAGUGAAUAAUUUUUUAUCUUCCUUUUCUCAUCAUAUUAAUGUCCUGUGGGAGGACAAAGUAUGCUCCCAUUGACUCCGUUAUGUGGACGAGGAAGUUAAGGCACAGGAAGGCUGAGGUGUUUGUAGCUCAGUCAUUCAGCAAGUCAGUCAUGGUCUCCUGACUUGAGGCCGUGCAUGCUUGCCAGGACAACAUCAUCCUUGGGCUCAGCUUUUCCCUCUGCGUGUGUACUUCCUAUUGAGAACUAAAUCCUAAAUUCAGUUCUCCAAAAAGGUUAAAAGUACCAGCAGUAUAUGGCUUAUGGUAGCUAUUCAGUGAUUUGCUCUUUGCUUUCCCGAGCCUUCCAAGUGCCAGCCUCCUGUCUAGGACUUCUGUUUAAAGAUGAGCCAGCUCUGUAGCUCUGUGUAGUUGUUUUGGCUGAAGCAAGUGUCCAUUUUCAUUCACAGAAACAUUCCAUUUCACCUCAGUGUCUGCUAGAAGGAAUGUGACUGUGUUAAUCCUAGUUGCUGCCUUUAGGAUUGUUUCAGUGCUUGUGUGAGGGGGACAGUGGCAGAACUCAUACUUUUCCUCUUUGGGGAAGCUUUGUUGAUGACACCCUGAUGAAUAACUAAGACCCAGUUAUCCCCUGGGGCCUUGAUAGUCUCAGAGAAUUCUUCAUCCUUUGAGAAGCAGAACUACCGAGUUCAGUCAGGAGGAGGGUUUGGUUUGUGUGGCACUUUAGUUUUUUUUUUUAAUCGAGGUCAUGAUAGUUAAUAACGUGAAAUUUCAGUUGUACCUUAUUACUUGUCAGUCACCAUAUAAAUGACACUUUAGUAUUUUA